AUGGCGCCUUCAAAGAUUGAGGACUUCACUGAAGUCUCCACCUACCAACCAUCCAUGCCCGUCAAGCCCAUACAUCAAGAAGGGCAUUUGAUGCACAGAUCUCUCGUCCAACAUCCUUACAUGGUAGAGUUCGCUCGUGGCGUUGAACUCAAGUUAUCGACCGGCCAAACAAUCAUCGACGGUUGUGCCGGCGCAGCAGUUGCCCUCAUCGGCCACGGCAACGACGAGGUCAUCCAAGCGAUCACCGACCAAGCUCGCAAAGUCAGCUACGUCCACACACAAUCCUACACAACGGCACCAGCUGAAGAGCUCGCCAAUGUUAUACUAGAGGGUAAUCCCCAUGGCCUUGAAAAAGCUUUCUUUGUUGGCAGUGGCAGUGAGGCUGUUGAGUCUGCUCUGAAACUAGCCCGCCAGUAUCACUAUGAGAAGGGAGAGCUCGAUAGAGUGCACAUUGUGUCUAGACGCCAAUGCUAUCAUGGAAAUACGAUGGCUACCAUGUCUAUCUCGACGAACAAAGCGCGCCGAGCUCCGUACCAUGGGUUCUUGUAUCCUCAUGUCUCUCACGUCUCGCCUGCCUUCGCAUAUCACUACAAAGACGACUCCGAGACUGAAGAGCAAUUCACAGCAAGGCUUCUGCUCGAACUUGAGGAAGAGUUUCUACGCGUUGGUCCCAAGAACGUCGCUGCUUUCAUCGCGGAAACAGUCGUCGGCGCGACGACGGGUUGUGUCGCUGCGCCAGCCGGUUACUUCAAGGGCGUUAGGGCCAUCUGCGAUAAAUACGGCGUGAUCAUGAUUCUUGAUGAGAUCAUGUGCGGCGUUGGUCGAACAGGCACGUUUUUCGCUUUUGAGCAGGAGGGCGUAGUCUUGGUGGUGGUUACGCUGCCAUUCGCUGGUGUUCUUAUCCACAAGAAGGUCGUUGAUGUCCUCAGACAAGGCUCGGCUGCUUUCAACCACGGGCAUACAUAUCAAGCCCAUCCAAUUUCAUGCGCUGCUGCAUUAGCGGUGCAGAAAGUGCUACGCCGCGAGAACUUGGUUGAGCGAUGUCGCAAGAUGGGUCUUGUCUUGGAGAGGCUGCUUCGAGAUGAGCUGAAGGACUGCAAGUCUGUUGGUGAUAUUCGAGGUCGAGGCCUUUUCUGGGGCGUUGAGUUCCUCAGAGAUGUGACGUCUAAGAAGCCUUUUGAUCCUUCGGCUAAGUUUGGUUUGUUGGUGCAGCAGAUUGCUUUUGAGAAGGGUGUUGCGUUGUAUCCGGGCGGUGCAACGAUUGAUGGUGUUGAUGGUGAUCAUAUUCUGCUUGCGCCGCCUUUCACGAUCACGGAAGAUCAAUUGGCUACUAUUUGUCAGGUGUUGAAGGAGGCAGUAGUGGAAGCCGAGACAAUGAUGCUAUCUUCAUAG